AAACAAAAUGGACCAAUUGCUGAGUUGCAUGAAGAACUAACGGCCACAAUUUCAACCACUCCAAAAUUGCUUUUGAGUUUGAAUCUUCUGGAAUGCGAUACUACAGGCGGUUGUUUGUUUGACAAGUCACUGUGCUCCUAUCACAAUUCGCAUAUGUCCCGAGGUUCGACGUUUCAGCGAACCAGCAUUUACGGCCGAAAUUUUGUGCAAGCUUUGGCCCCUCCGGGGACAAUAGCAGUACUCGAAACAGCAACAUCGUUCGCAGAAGACCACAAAAUUGUUUUUGAUGUGCUGGAAUUUACGGAAGGUGAGAGGCUAUUUGGGUGCUGCUUCAAGAAGGAUCUCGCUCCACAUGACAACAUAUUCGACAUAACUUCAUUACUGGCUGGCAGUCGUCCGCCCGAACUAUUUUGUCCGUUCGCAACUCCUGCACAUUCCACAUCAGUUAUUUGGAGGACGGCACGAUUUACUUGCCCACGCGGAACUAGCAAGGUUCUCUUUAUGUGUGAAAAUUUUGGGACGAAUAAUGGCACAUGUGCAAUGGACAAUAUUCGAGUGCACAAGCUCUUCGAUGUGCUUGAGGUUGAGCCCUGUCAAAAGGACAUCGUCGCCUACUCGUAA